AUGCGUUUAUUGAAAGGCCUUGUCAUAGGUCUCCUCAUUGAGAGAGGUCUAGGCCAAACCGAUGCACCUUCGGCAGGUGACGAUGCUGUAGCUACUGUUGCAGAUCCUCCUACCGAAACAGGUGGGGCAGAUGUCCCAGUUCCUGAGCCAUCAGCCGGAGGCGGUGGAGAUAGCGGUGGAGACGAAGAACCAACAUCCGAUCCUAUUCCUGAUCCAGAACCAGAGCCAGAGCCCUCUUCCGGUGACGGCGCCCGAGCCCCUGCCGACGAAUCCGCUCCGGUCGAACCCUCCACGGAGCCCUCAGAACCUUCCGAUGAUGAACAGCCCAGUGCCACCAACGACCCUGAGCCUACAGAUGCCGAUACCGAUCCUUCUCCCACCGAUGCAGGGCCUACAGAUGUUGAUGUUGAACCAUCUCCCACAGACGGCCCAGAACCUACAGAUACAAACGGUGAGGAACCUAUCGCAACCAAUAGUGAACCCGAUAUUGUUCAAAGUGAUGCUCUGAACUCUGCGCCGGAAGAGGCUAAACCCGGACCAACAGAAACUGGCCAAGAUGACCCAGUAUCUACUCCUGAGGCCUCUGAUCCACCACCGGCUCUUUUGCCUACCGUGACACCUGGUGAUUCAGUGACUGAAACUCCAGAUGAGCCUACAGCUGACUCAGGAUCAGAAGAUCAAUCAUCAAAUACCAGAGCAGAACUUAUAGGACCAACCUUGACUGGAGGCGAUGACGAACCAAUUGUUACUAAUGCAGAGCCCACAAGCGCUGCUUCAGAUGUUACUAACAACGACGAAGACGGCAAUUCAGGUACGAACAGUCCAAUAGCUUCGCCCACUGCACCUUUGGAAACGGAAGGCGAUCAAAACCAACCUGAGACCCCCUCUGAGACUGGCAAUGACUCCCCUACCGAGACCGAUAGUGAUGAACCAUCUGCGGAUAGCGAUAGUCCCAAGACGACAGACCUUCCAGAUGAGCCCCAAAAGACCCAGGAUACAGACUCUGACCCAGAUACCAUCUCAACAGGAUCCGAUAAUAAACCCCCCAAGGCGUCUGCCCCUGCUGCCACUGGUAAAGAUGGCUUCACCACGGUUACCGGUUCGAAACCUGCCCCAACAGGAGAGGCAUACGAGGUUCCCGUUGAUUUGGAAGAAGACACCAAGCUUGGUGACUAUGCCGAGUUCAAGGAAGCUUCCAAUGGCGAACAGGCCGUACUACUCAAACCCCCACCAAACGGCAAAGCAAACUGCGAGAUCGCACCCACUGGCGGUGAGGUUGAUAAGAUCCCUGCCGGCGAAUACAUCCGCGUUCUUCUUUCCGUCAAAGUAGACAGAAUCGGCUCUGUUAACUCCAAGGAUGGCAAGACUGGAUCUCGGCUCAAGAUGUUGGUCGAUGAGAACACGGUCUACGACAAGGAGCUUAUUUCCAAGGGUGAUGGCGAUGAUUCGCAGGACAUCGAAAGUGAUCCCUUCGAGUCUGCCAAGAACCAGAAAAUCCGCAUGAUUCAAGAGUGUGGAGAGGAGCCAGUUGAACUCACGAUUGAGGAUGCGAAUAUUAGGGUUGCCAGGAGUGACAAGAGUGGUGGACGUGGAGGCGGAGGCGGAGGAGGGAAGGAUGAUGGUGGUAGCGGCUCCGGGUCUGGGUCCGGUGACAAAGAUGGGGAUGAUGAUUCUGGUAGUGGUGGGGACUCAAGUGAUGGUAGUGGAAGCGGCAGCGGCAGUGGUUCUGGAAGUGGUUCAGGCAGCGGGGACAAGGGUAGUGGCGGUGGAGAUGGUGGAAGUGAUUCCGGAAGUGGUUCAGGCAGCGGGGACAAGGGUAGUGGCGGUGGAGAUGGUGGAAGUGAUUCCGACUCUGGCUCAGGCUCUGGUUCAGGUUCCGGUUCAGGCUCAGAUUCUGGGUCUGGUUCUGGAGCUGGGGACGCAGCAUCGCCAUCAGCGACCACCGUCGGCGAGGGUCAGACCAACAUCGCUGGAAAGACUCAAACGCUUUCCUGGGGUAACCUCCUGGAAUUACUGAGCUUGGAAGGGGAAUGA